AUGCCACAAUUAACUGAAAUUGACUACAGUUUCAAUCAAAUUCAAGACGUAAGUUUUAACCGAUUCACAAAAUCCAAUCACAUUUUGUCGGUGGACUUUUCAAAUAAUCACAUUUGGAAUAUGGAUUGGAGGUCGUUUGCAAAUUUAAAACAACUUGAGACAUUGGAUUUGAGCCACAAUCACCUCAGAUAUUUUAGUGACGCUGUGUUUUCAGGCAAAGAAAAUUUAAAAUUGUUGUACUUGAAUAAUAAUCCUUUGGAAACGUUGGAUUUGAGCAACACUAAACUUGAGAGCAAGGAUAGUUUAGUGUUGGCAAACGAUCAGAAAUUGAAAGAACUGUACUUGGGCGGCAGUCUAUUGAAGGAAUUGAACUGGGAUUUCAUUGCCAAACUUGAUGGUUUGGAAAUAUUCGAUAUGAGCAACACCCGAAUCAUAGAGAUUGAUGACGACUGUUUCGUGAACAGUUCAGAUAUGAAGGAGCUGUACUUGAGUGGCAUUCCACUGAGGCAAAUCAGCUGCAACGUAUUUGCGUCACUAUCCAAUCUUCAAACGCUGGACCUGAGUAACACUGAAAUCGAAGACCUUUCUGAUGACUGUUUUGUAAACAAUCCAAAUAUGAGUGUGUUAAACUUGACCAAUAAUUUAUUGGCAGAAAUCGACUCCGUGAAGAUGGAUCUUGCUUCUCUACAAAUACUGAAUUUAGUCGGCAACAAACUAACCAAACUUGGCAUGGUUAUUUCAAUCAAUUUACCGAACCUCAAAUCACUUAAAAUUGCAGAAAAUCCUUUCGAUUCCACAUAUUUGUACGAUACUAUGAACGAAUGGGUAAAGAAUGGUCUAAGGAUUGAUGUAGAACUUAUUGAGCCUACUAUGGAAUAA